AUGACCCUCCACACCAAAGCGUCUGGAAUGGCCCUGCUGCAUCAAAUCCAAGGCAACGAGCUGGAGACCCUGAGCCGCCCGCAACUCAAGAUCCCCCUGGAGCGGCCCCUGGGCGAGGUGUACGUGGACGGCAGCAAGCCCGCCGUGUACAACUAUCCCGAGGGCGCCGCGUACGACUUCAACGCCGCGCCCGCCGCCUCCGCGCCGGUCUACGGCCCGCCCGGCCUCCAAGCCAUUCCCAACACCUACUUCCCCCCUUCCUCUCCAUCCCAGCUAAGUUCCAGGGCUUUAGGUUUGAAUUGCGCUCCUCAGAAGAGCAAUACAAGAAUUGAAUGA